GCAGCUAUGUUCGGUCAUACCGACACGAUUGCGCUCCUGCUUGAUAACGGGUUAGAUAUCAAUCACCAAGACAGCGAGAGGUGGACUCCAUUAACAUUUGCUGCAUCGUAUGGUCACGACAAUGGUGUCCGAGCACUGAUUGAUGUUGGUACGGACGUGGAUACGGUGGAUGUGCAUGGCCUUACCGUGCUUCACUACGCGGCUCGUGGCUGCCAUGCCACCACCAUCGAGACUUUGAUCUCGGCUGGGUUGAACGCUGAAGCUGUGGACAAGUGUUUCCGCCAGCCGAUACACAUCGCCGCCCAAAUGAAUAACGCUAAGGCCGUUAAAGCGCUUGUAGAUCACGGCGCAAACGUUCAUGCCAUCGCCGAGAAGGGAUGGACACCGCUUCACUACGCUGCGCAACAUGGUGGCCCAGAAGCUGUUCAAAUGCUGCUCCAGCUUGGCGCGAGCGCGAACGCAAGAGCAGUCAUGGGCAUGAUGCCGAUU